GGGAGCGUCCAAAACUCCCGGCCGAGGGACGGUGACCUUUGAGGGAGUUACUACAAUCUAAGGCCUGGAGCCCUGCAACCCAGCGAACUAGCGACCCCUCACGCAGAGGCUCGGAGCACCAGCCAGGACUGGCCUCUUCAUCUCAGUAUCUCAGCUCACCUGGACUGUGCCCCUGAGCUAAGUUGGCAACAUGAACAGCAACAACUUGGAUGGGAAUGAUGACUUUGACGAGCAGUUGCGAAUGCAAGAAUUGUACGGAGACACUAAGGAUGGAGACACCCAGGAAGAUCUCAGUAGAGAAACUGAUGCUUUUGGGCAGCAACCAGAUGAUACCCCCUACGAGUGGGAUUUAGAGAAGAAGGGUUGGUUCCCCAAGAUCACUGAAGAUUUCAUUGCUACAUAUCAAGCCAAUUAUGGCUUUUCUAAUGAUGGUGCAUCUAGCUCUACUGCAAAUGUACAAGAUGUUAGUGUUAGGCCUACAGAAAAACCUCCACAAAGAAAAAACUCUGAAUGCACUGACCCCCAAAAUAAGGGAGAAAAGAGAAAGGCUGAAUCAGGAUGGUUUCAUGUUGAAGAAGACAGAAAUACAAAUGUAUAUGUGUCUGGUUUGCCUCCAGACAUUACAGUAGAUGAAUUUAUACAGCUCAUGUCCAAGUUUGGCAUUAUUAUGAGAGAUUCUCAAACAGAAGAAUUUAAGGUCAAGCUCUACAAAGAUAAUCAGGGAAAUCUUAAAGGAGAUGGGCUUUGCUGUUAUUUAAAGAGGGAAUCUGUGGAUCUUGCACUGAAACUUUUGGAUGAAGAUGAAAUUAGAGGCUACAAAUUACAUGUCGAGGUAGCAAAGUUUCAGCUGAAGGGGGAAUAUGAUGCCUCGAAGAAGAAGAAGAAGUGCAAGGACUACAAGAAAAAGCUGUUUCUGCAACAAAAGCAGUUGGAUUGGCGACCUGAGAGAAGAGAUGGGCCAACCCGAAUGCGCCAUGAGCGAGUUGUCAUCAUCAAAAAUAUGUUUCAUCCUUUGGAUUUUGAGGAUGACCCAUUGGUGCUGAAUGAGGUCAGAGAAGAUCUUCAAGUAGAGUGUUCAAAGUUUGGACAAAUUAGGAAGCUCCUCCUCUUUGAUAGACACCCAGAUGGUGUGGCCUCUGUGUCCUUCAGGGAUCCAGAGGAAGCUAAUUAUUGUAUCCAAACCCUCAAUGGACGAUGGUUUGGUGGCCGUCAAAUCACUGCCCAAGUGUGGGAUGGAACUACAGAUUAUCAGGUGGAGGAGUCCACAAGAGAAAGGGAGGAAAGGCUGAAAGGAUGGGAGGCUUUCCUCAAUGCUCCUGAUGCCAAUAAAGGUCUUUGGUGUUCAAAUUCCAUCUGUAUUUCAGAAAGGGCAGAGCCUUCUACAGCAAGGCAUUUUUCAGAGCACCCUAACACAUCUAAAAGGAAUGCUAACAAAGCUGUAACUGAAAUGGAAUUUGAAGAACCUAUACAUGAAAAGAAGCUUGAAAAAACAGAAGAUGGGGGAGAAUUUGAAGAAGAUGCCAAAGAGAGUGGCCACAGAAAAGAGGCUGAAGAAGGCUGCCCAAAAAGAGAGUUUAAAGACUACCUCGAAAGAGAGUCUGGACAAGGCAGUCCUAAAAAAGAGUUUGGAGAGAGUAGUCAUGAAAAAGAGUCUAAAGUGAAUUUCCCUGGAAGAGAAUCCAAAACAAGGCAACACAGAAAUGAUUUUGAAGAUAAUGCCCUUGAAAAGGAGUCUGAAAAAGUUCAUCCCAACAAGGAGUAUGAAGAAGAGAAUGGCCCCCAAAAAGAGUCUGAAAAAGAUGAGUUGGAAAUAGAAUCUGAAGAAGACUGCUCUGAAAAUCUGAUUAAAGAUGGCUUUGAAAAAGAAUUUGAAGAAAAUGGCCUCAAAAAGUGUUUAAUGAGAGUGGGUAUGGCAAGGAGUAAUGAAAAUGUUCUUGAAGAAGAGCCAGAAGAAAAUGACUCUGAAAAAUCAGAGUCAUUUGAAAAUGAAAACUCUGGAAAAGUGUUUGAUGAAGGCUCUGAGAGAGAGUUUAAUGAUGAAUCAGAUGAAAAGAAAGAAGAGGAAGAUAAAUAUAAAAAAGUUUGUGAUGAUAAGUCUGAUAAAAAAGAGAAUGAAGAAAAUCCAGGUGAAAGGGGUCUUGAAGAUGCUGAUGUAAAGGAGGAAGAUGAUGCAGAUGAAAAGAUAUUUGAAUAUUCAGAUGAAAAAGAAGAUGAAGUAGAUGCAGAAGAGGAAGAGGAAGCUAUAGAUGAAAACACUUUCAAAGAUGACAAUUCCAAUGAGAAGUCGUUUGAUAAUUCUGUCAAGAAAGGGACUGUGAGUGGUUUAGGAAUGUUCAGGAAGUAGGAGCCCUGCAUAGGCAGCAGCUUUAUUCUCAGUUGCACUGAUGAUGAUGAUGUUUAAUCCCUUAAAUUUGCUUUUGAGAGAAAUUCCUCCAUCUACAUUUUGCCAAUGCUCCAGAGAAAUUACUAGUACUGUUACAUGAACAUGUGCAUAGCGGUAAGAUACCAUCAGAUUAAUGCAUUGAUGUUUUCAUUGUUAUGUGUAUUUAGUGAUUUUACUUAAUAGUAUAAUGCAAGUAAACUGGAUACUUGUCCUUUGUCAGAUUGGUAAAAUGCAUGCAGAAUGUUUUUUAAAGUAUUCUAAUUGAAGUUUGUGAUAUUAAAAAAUGAAAAUAAGUUGUUAAUAUGCAAAAGAAAAAGAAACCUAAAUAAAUUGGGCAGACCCUCUGCUUCUCAAUAGCAUAGCCCGAU